AUGGCGGGAAAAAACGUUGAUGAAAUUCCUAGUACUACUCAGGCCAUCUCGUCUCAGUCCAGCGCCUCAAUACCUCGGUAUAUAGUUAUUCAUCGAGUGGAAUGCCCUGGAUCAACUCCAGCCCAUUCUAGCCAUCCUGCUAUUUCGUCAUAUCUAGAUGUUCCACGUCUGUUUGUCGGCGAUAACAACAGAAACCCCCUGAGGGGUCGAAUCCCGGAUGAAGAUUCCCAGAAGCGUGCCAAAAAGGAUCCUACUAUUUCGUUCAUUAUACACCGCACCUAUAACUGUCUCGAAUACCAUGACGCAUUAUUUGAGGCCUUACGAGAGGUUUCAGCUAACUUUGAGCCGCCUUACCUCAGUUCUCAAUUAUGUCUGCCCAGCGAUGCUUAUGAUGCGGUAGCCGAAGGGGAGUAUAUGGAAAUUGUAUCGAACGAUUUAAACACCGCAAUAGAGGCAGUGAAGGAGGCAGACACCCAGAAAGACUCUAUGGACGAGUCGUUGUUACUAGGCUGGAAACGAGAACAUAACAUGGUGGCACCAUACCUUCAUUUCUAUCACACUCGGAAUCUGCUGCGCGACUACAUUCCCUCCUUACCAGAGCGUCAAAGCAAAGAGCUCAAUCUCCUUCUUGAGUACCUGGACACGGAAUUUAGCCUCGAAUAUAAAGAGGCCGAGAACCUUUUUCUUGGUGAUGGGCUUGUAAGUAAGAGGCAUUUUCACAAGCUAUUUGGGCCGAGUGAGAUCAUAGUUACUAUCGAAGACGGCCACCACGUCGCCAUGUUGUCAAAAUAUCCUCCUAUACCUGGUUCGAGUCCGAUACGGUUAGAAUGCGAAAUGUGGAAAUUCGAUGGCCGUUUUGCAAAAACCAAAAGGAUUAUCACCAUACCCUGGCCAAAGCAUGCCGCGGAGGUGGACAAGGUGCCAAUCAAGUCGCUCGGUAUCUUUCCUCUAAGAUUCGAUCAACAAAUCGAGCAUCGCCUUAGAAAGCGCGGGGAGUUUUUCUGGCAGCUUCGAAAACCGAGAUUGGUUCUUUACACUGCCCCAAACCAGGCUCUCGAUUAUCGCAUGGAAAAUGGCCGGUAUAUGGUUGACAUCGAAUCCUAUCGUCGCGCUCACAGACUGAACACCAUUGAUAACGUCGUCACUGGGCAUGUUGAAGAGCACCUAUCACUGGAAGUCACCGAGUCGACCUCACCUCCUGCUGGCAGCUUUACCCUUCUUCUACCACCAACAACAUAUGGUUUCGGAUUGCACGACAAGAAGUGGCGAAAGCUUGCUAUAGAAUACGCGGCCGAUAUAGUCUGGAACGAGGAUCUGUUUAAUAUGCUGGCUAUCCCCGAGAAUGAGAAGGACGUCCUAAGGGCACUUCUACCCGAAAAUGAAGCAUCUAUAGAUUUCACAGCAGGCCGAGACAGGAGUAGGUUAAUUCUGCUUUAUGGUGACCCAGGAAACGGCAAGACAUUCACUGCAGAGGCUCUUGCCGAAUUCGCAAGGAAGCCAUUAUAUCGAUUAGCGCCUUAUGAAGUCGGUGUAGAGCUUGAUCGAGUUAAGGAUAACAUAAAAGAGGCGUUCUAUCUUGGUGAUAUCUGGAAGGCAGGUUAUGGGCAAGAGUCGGGCAGUUCAACUUCCUCGAUCAUUCUCCAAGCAAUAGACGAUUACUCUGGUAUAACUAUUCUUACCAUGGCCAGUAGCAUGGGGUGCUUGAAACUUGAAAAAUUCUCUAAAGAGGGCUCAGCUCUCAAACUCACUCAGGCAGCCUUCGAGGAGUUCCACGAAAGCAAAAUCCCGAAGUACGCAAUCCUUUCGCAUACUUGGGGGCAAGAAGAGGUUACAUUCCAGGAUUGGGCAGACCCAACAUCGGUGGUCCAGAAGUCGGGAUUUACCAAGAUCAUUGAGGCCUGUGAGCAAGCCAGAAAUGACGACUACUCAUACGUAUGGAUUGACACCAACUGCAUCGAUAAAUCCAGCUCAGCCGAGCUUACAGAAGCUAUCAACUCCAUGUUUGCCUGGUACUCCAAGGCAGAUAUUUGUUACGCAUAUCUUUCAGAUGUUCCGACGUUUAAGCCGUUGUCUUAUGCGAAGGAGUUCCGGCAAAGUCGCUGGUUCAAGAGAGGAUGGACACUCCAAGGGCUCCUCGCCCCUGAUUCUGUGGUCUUCUAUGCAGCCGACUGGUCACGAAUUGGGACCAGGUCCAGUCUCGUUUGCGACAUUGCCGAGGCCACAGGCAUAGGAAUCGAGUAUCUCAGGUCUCAUCCAAAGAUGGGGAAUACCACUCAACAAGACUGGUCACAUAUUCGGAGCCCGAAAUGCCAUGAAGCGUCCAUAGCUGAAAGAAUGUCUUGGUUGUCCCGCCGUGAAACGACAAGGAUCGAGGACAUGGCGUACUGUAUGUUGGGCUUUUUUGGUAUUCAUAUGCCUCUCAUAUACGGUGAAGGGCAUAGAGCUUUCUUUCGACUCCAAGAGGAGAUUCUGAAAACAUCAGACGAUCACUCACUCUUUUGCUGGUCAUGGGCCACGGGCACAAACCAGGUCAGCCUUCUUGCCCCUAGGCCACAUAGCUUUCUAGAAGCUUCGCAUUAUCAGCGUCACCGGCACGUCGUCAAGCCAACUCCUUACGCUAUUGCUAACUCUGGUAUCUCUAUUCGGCUUCCUCUAAUUCAAUGCUGGUCCUCGUACAUUGCGAUUCUCAACGUCGAGCUUGGGACGGAGAGAAAUAUUGGAAUAGCUAUGCAAAAAGAAGCCCUCACCGGCGUCUUUACUCGAGCCUCCUACCCAGACGUCCCCAUUCCCCUAGCCCCUGGAAUGGUCUACAGGGGCUCCCCACUUACAGAAAUGUUCACUCCAGUGCAACAUGCUGACUCGGAGAGCAUGACGCCGUCAUCGCUUACUACCCAACCUUAG